CUAGCUAGUUUGAAAUGGUUGGUCAGACAAAGGCAGCACAGGAAGAAUCCUAUAACAGAGACGAACUGCUAAUAGAAACGUUGCCACAGAAGAAACAGAUACUGCGGUUUUCAUAAAUACAUUUCCACUUUUGGUUUUGAAAAUGAACGACCGACUGGAUCCGUUUGAAGAACAACAGUGGUCAUCUGACUUGAAAAUGGGUAGAGUCGCCUGACCGUAACUGUUUUCUGCGUUUUAGUACGCUAACUAGCUAUCUAAGUUUUUGUAGGACGUAGCUAGCUAGCUAUCUCCUUUGAUUAAAAUAAUAUAAUUAUAGCUAUUAUAACACAACCUGAACACUUCUUGCUGGAUAUGUAUUAUGAAGAGAUGGCCUGGGAUGGCUGGACUUUGAACAGGUUAUUUUCCUGAGUAACAUUACCUAACUUAGCUAGCUAACAGUUAGCUAGCCUACUCGAAUAAGCGGAUACCCGGUUAGUUUUAUCUAACCUAUCCCUUUCCAAACAUGUUUGAAAUGGAGACACACAUAUCUGGCCUCUUCCCGGAAAUUUUAGCUAUGAUUUUCAGUUACUUGGAGGUAAGGGACAAAGGUAGGGUGGCCCAAGUGUGUGCGGCCUGGAGGGACGCUUCAUAUCACAAGUCUGUGUGGAGGGGGGUGGAAGCGAAGCUGCAUCUGCGGAGGGCCAACCCGUCCCUGUUCCCCAGCCUCCAUACCCGGGGCAUUAGGAAGGUUCAGAUCCUAAGCCUGCGGCGCAGCUUAAGCUAUGUAAUCCAGGGGCUGCCAAACAUCGAAAGCCUUAACCUAUGCGGCUGUUUUAACCUCACGGACAACGGACUCGGACAUGCUUUUGUUCAGGACAUCCCGUCCUUGCGAGUCCUCAACCUCAGCCUUUGCAAACCAAUCACAGACUCAAGCCUGGGCAGGAUUGCCCAGUAUCUGAAAAACCUGGAGGUGCUGGAACUCGGAGGUCUCAGUAACAUUACCAACACAGGCCUUCUUCUCAUCGCCUGGGGCUUGCACAAACUCAAGAGCCUUAACUUGCGGAGCUGCAGGCAUGUGUCAGACGUGGGCAUCGGUCACCUGGCUGGGAUGACACGAAGCGCCGCCGAAGGCUGCCUCUCCCUGGAGCAGAUGACCUUACAGGACUGCCAGAAACUGACAGACCUGUCCCUCAAACACGUCUCCAAGGGACUGGCCAAGCUCAAGGUGCUCAACCUCAGCUUCUGCGGCGGCAUAUCGGACGCAGGUAUGAUCCACCUGUCGAACAUGACUCACCUGUUAAGCCUCAACCUGCGGUCGUGUGACAACAUCAGCGACAUGGGCAUCAUGCACCUGGCCAUGGGGUCUCUGCAGCUCUCCGGCCUGGAUGUUUCCUUCUGUGACAAGAUAGGUGACCAGAGCCUGGCCUACAUCGCCCAGGGGCUGUACCAGCUCAAGUCUCUGUCCCUGUGCUCCUGCCACAUCAGUGACGACGGGAUCAACCGGAUGGUGCGCCAGAUGCACGAGCUCAAGACGCUGAACAUCGGGCAGUGCGUACGCAUCACUGACAAGGGGCUGGAGCUGAUCGCUGACCACCUGACGCAGCUCACUGGUAUCGACCUGUAUGGGUGUACCAAAAUCACCAAGCGGGGCCUGGAGAGGAUAACGCAGCUCCCGUGCCUUAAAGUUUUAAACCUGGGACUCUGGCAGAUGACGGAGAGCGAGAAAGUGAGGUGAAAGCCAAACUGGGAUGAACUGCCAAGAAGGGGGGUUUUCACUGUGGAAGGUGUAAUAUUUUUCAUCCACAGAGAUUACCUGAGCGGAACAGCUCGUAGACUAUUACAUUAUCUUUAAUAACUACAGUACUGUGACUUAAUUUUAGCCGAAGGAAACACUUUUUAAACAUUCACUGUCACAGCAAUAUUCCACCCCUUAUUUUUGUACAAUUGCUUUCUCUCUUAUUCAGUGUAUCCUAUCCUUGUAUCACAUCUAUAAGGUUUUGACUAGCUACCUCAUCCAUUGAAGAAACUGGAGUGUCUGGGACACAUAACCCGACUACACAGCAUCUUUCCUUGCAAAACAAAACUCAUUUUUAAACGUUCCCUUUAACUGUUUACCAGUAUUGAUGAUAUACAUGACUCAUGCAAAACAUCUCUGUUCUAACACAGUCCUUAACACUGCACAUAAAGGCGUUAACGCCUUGGAUUGAAGGUUUGAGCAACGAUUUCUUCAGCCAAAGUAUUUUGCCUAUGUUAAUAAAGGUAUUUUUUUAUGAA